GGGAAGUUGAGAAGUCUCAGAACUUGGUGGCGCCUGGCUCUCCUUGCCAUGGCUUCGCCCAGUGGCUCCAGCAGCGAGUGCUCCAAGGUCAUCGAUCACAACCAUGUCCCUGAGUUUGAAGUGGCCACCUGGAUCAAAAUCACCCUUAUCUUGGUGUAUGUGGUCAUUUUCGUGGUGGGCAUCCUGGGAAAUAGCAUCACCAUUCGGGUUACCCAGGUGCUGCAGAAGAAGGGCUACUUGCAGAAGGAGGUGACGGAUCACAUGGUGAGUCUGGCCUGCUCGGACAUCCUGGUCUUCCUCAUCGGCAUGCCCAUGGAGUUCUACAGCAUCAUCUGGAACCCCCUGACUACACCCAGCUAUGCCGUGUCCUGCAAGCUUCACACUUUCCUCUUCGAGGCCUGCAGCUAUGCCACACUGCUGCAUGUGCUGACGCUCAGCUUUGAGCGCUAUGUCGCCAUCUGUCACCCCUUCAGGUAUAAGGCCGUGUCAGGACCUUGCCAGGUGAAACUGCUGAUCGCCUUCGUCUGGGUUACUUCCGCCCUGGUGGCAUUGCCGGUACUUUUUGCCAUGGGUAUUGAGUACCCCCUGGUGAACGUGCCCACUCACCGGGGUCUGUCUUGCAACCGUUCGCGCACCCGCCACCACGAGCAUCCCGAGACCUCCAACAUGUCCAUCUGUACCAAUCUCUCCAGCCGCUGGACCGUGUUCCAGUCCAGCAUCUUCGGUGCUUUCGCUGUCUACCUCUUGGUCCUGGUGUCCGUGGCCUUCAUGUGCUGGAACAUGAUGCAGGUGCUCAUGAGGAGCAAGCAGGGCACCAUGGCCAAGACUGGGCCACAGGUGCAGCUGAGAAAGUCGGAGAGUGAGGAGAGCCGGACCGCCAGGAGGCAGACCAUCAUCUUCUUGAGGCUGAUCGUUGUGACAUUGGCCGUAUGCUGGAUGCCAAACCAGAUUCGGAGGAUCAUGGCUGCAGCCAAACCCAAGCACGACUGGACCGAGUCCUACUUCCGAGCAUACAUGAUCCUCCUCCCCUUCUCAGAUACCUUCUUCUACCUCAGCUCCGUGGUCAACCCGCUCCUGUACAACGUGUCCUCGCAGCAGUUCCGCAGGGUGUUCGGGCAGGUGCUGCGUUGUCACCUGACUCUGCAGCACGUGAACCAAGAGAAGCGCCUGCGUGCCCACCUCAGCUCCACCACGGACAGCGCCCGCUCGGCCCGCAGUCCGCUGAUCUUCUUGGCCUCCCAGCGCCAUUCCUCUGCAAGGAGAACUAACAAGGUUUUCUUAAGCACUUUUCAGAGCCAGGCCUCGCCCGAGUCUGAGCCCCACCAAUUGAGUCUGGAGUCAUCACAGCCCAACUCAGAGAUGAAACCAAACAAUUCUGCCACAGAGAAUGGUUUUCAGGAGCACGAAGUGUGAACUGUCAAGUUCCAAGCUUUGAGUGGGGACCCGCCCUCC